UUAGAGAAAGAAACAUAUACUCUGAAAGUUUAGGUAUGGUAUUGGCUUCACCAAAACCACAUAGGAGUGAAACAAUUUUACCAAAUGAUGUGAUUCCAAUAAUAGACCUAAAAGGUGAAAGGUGUGAGGUAAUAAAACUCAUAGUGAAAGCAAGUGAAGAGUUUGGUUUCUUCAAAGUCAUAAACCAUGGCAUUCUUGAUGAAACUAUUGAUAAAAUGGAAGAAGCUGGUUUUAGUUUCUUUGCAAAACCAAUGAAUCAAAAGAAACUAUCUUCACCUGCUUAUGGUUCUAAGAAUAUUGGAUUCAAUGGUGAUAUUGGUGAAGUUGAGUAUCUUCUUCUUAAUGCUAACACUUCCUCCAUUGCUCAAAUAUCUAAAACUAUUUCCAUUCAUGAUCCACAUUCUAAUUUCAGGUAUAGGGUGAGUGAAUAUACAGAAGCAGUGAAAGAGGUGGCAUGUGAGAUAUUAGAGUUAAUGGCAGAAGGUUUGGGGGUCCCUGAUAGAAAGGUAUUCAGCAGUUUAAUAAAGGAUAUUGAAAGUGACUCUAUUCUUAGGCUCAAUCACUACCCACCUACACUAGUUAAGGACAAGGACAAGUCACACUCCAACAAUGUUGGCUUUGGGGAGCAUUCUGACCCUCAGAUCUUGACCAUUCUUAGAUCUAAUGACGUUUCUGGUCUUCAAAUCUCUCUUCAACAUGGUCUAUGGAUUCCUAUUAACCCUGACCCCUCAGCUCUCUGUGUUAAUGUUGGUGAUGUCCUUCAGGUAAUGACAAAUGGAAGAUUUGUAAGCGUGAGACAUAGGGCAAUGACAAACUCAAACAAAUCUAGAAUGUCAAUGGCAUAUUUUGGGGCUCCACCUCUAAAUGCUUCCAUUGUUGCUCCACCAGUUUUGGUUACACCUCACAGGCCCUCACUCUUCAGACAAUUUACUUGGGCCGAUUACAAAAAAGCUACUUACUCUCUAAGGCUUGGUGACACAAGAAUUCAACUUUUUAGAGCAAACAUGUCAUGAGUAUUCAAAAAGUUGAGUUUCUAGCAAUACUAAUAUGAAUAUAAUGUUGUGUAAUGUAAAGGACAAGGUUGUUGUUGUUUGUUCCCAUGUUUUGGUGUUCUUUUUGGACCUAGGAAAGGUUGUAUGCUUUUGUUUGCCUAAAUUUGUUGCAAAGUUAACUUGACAUAGCAAAGAAAGCUACUGUUCAGUUAUGUAAGACUGAGUACUAAUAGAUGGUUGCCAGUUCUGUACCCUGUCUGCCUUCAAUCAUCAAUCACAAUCUUUCUCUGA